ACUAAUUUACACAAUUUGCUUUUUUCACAAUAGAUAUAUUUUUUUACAUUUAUCUUAUUUUAUUUUGAAAGUACCGGAUGUGUAUGCAUGUUUUAAGGCUGCUCGCUUGACCGACCCCGGACUGCUUCUUCUCUGCCUCAGCUGAAGAAAAAACCGACGCAGCUGGGUUUGCAUCAAGUAUCAACCCUUGACGCCUAAAUAGAGGAAUUUACCAUCACUUCAAAUUCAACAAGAGCAUUUCUGCAGAGUUAAAUAGAAACAGUACGCAAAUGAAAUAAGUGUCAACUAGCCGUAACCACAGAAACAGGCUAGAGGCAAAGAAGCCAAAACAAAACAUCAAAACCCGGCAAACAAAGAGGUCCUUUUUUCAACGCCAACAUUUUUCCUCCAUAUUCAAUAGUUAUGAGUCAUGUGGCCGUCGAAAAUGCCCACGGUCUAGAGCAGCAGCUUGCUGUCCUAGACUUGAGUGCUCCAGAUGGACAAGGCGGAGGUACUAACAGGCGAUAUAUUCCUCCACAUUUACGGAACAAAGAGGCAUCCAAGAACGUGGGAAAUGCUUUUGCUGCUGGACGACCGGGGGGGUACACCAUAGCGCCUGCAGCAAACUACGGUUGGGACGCGGGGCGCAACAACUUUGUCAACGGCUACCAUGACAACCGCAUGGCCGGCAACACGUUCAACCGUGGCCCGCCACGCAUGGAGCGUGGGCGAGGCGGUGUUGCGGGAGGCGGUUACCGUGGCAACAGGGGCGGGGCUUUCAACCCCAUUAACCCCGCGCAACCCAUAAGUUUCGAUGCCGGUGGCUGGAACACGGCCAAAGACGCCUAUAGCAGCUUUGGCAACAACCGAGGGAAGUCUGCAUUCUUCAACGACAGAGGCAACGCCAACAGAGGGAGGUUCGAUCACGGUGGAUUCGGUGGUGGCGGAGGAGGAAACAGCCGCUGGGUCGAGGAGUCCAGGGACGAUGGCGACUGGUCCAAGCCGCUGCCGCGUAACGAACGCCUGGAACAUGAGCUGUUCUCCGGCAGCAACACCGGGAUCAACUUUGAGAAAUACGACGACAUUCCCGUUGAGGCUACAGGACAAAACUGCCCUCACCACAUCGAGAGUUUCCAAGAUGUCGACAUGGGUGAGAUUAUCAUGGGCAACAUUGCUCUGAGCCGCUACACCAGACCAACUCCUGUGCAGAAAUACGCCAUUCCUAUCGUGAAAUCCAAGAGAGACCUGAUGGCCUGCGCACAGACGGGAUCUGGAAAGACGGCCGCGUUCCUGCUUCCAAUUCUCAGUCAGAUCUACACAGACGGACCAGGAGAAGCUCUGAACGCAGCCAAAGCCUCAGGACAGGAAAAUGGGAAGUAUGGCCGGCGUAAGCAGUACCCCAUUGCCCUGGUGCUGGCUCCAACCAGAGAACUGGCGCUGCAGAUCUACGACGAAGCCAGGAAGUUUUCGUACCGCUCCAGAGUGCGUCCCUGUGUGGUGUACGGCGGGGCAGACAUUGGCCAGCAGAUUAGAGACCUGGAGAGAGGCUGCCACCUGCUGGUCGCAACACCUGGCAGACUGGUGGACAUGAUGGAGAGAGGCAAAAUUGGACUGGACUACUGCAACUACUUGGUGCUAGAUGAGGCGGACCGCAUGCUGGACAUGGGCUUUGAACCACAGAUAAGACGCAUUGUGGAGCAGGACACCAUGCCGCACAAAGGCAUCAGACAGACCUUGAUGUUCAGCGCUACGUUUCCUAAAGAGAUCCAGAUCCUGGCGAGGGAUUUUCUGGAGGAUUACAUCUUCCUGGCAGUGGGCAGAGUGGGUUCCACCUCGGAGAACAUCACACAGAAGGUGGUGUGGGUUGAAGAGAGUGAUAAGAGGUCUUUCCUCUUGGAUCUGCUCAGUGCUACAGUCAUCCCCAACGAGGUACAGGACAAUACUGGAGACAACGUAGAGAAACCUGGUAAAGACUCCCUGACCCUCGUCUUUGUGGAGACCAAGAAAGGAGCUGACGCCUUGGAGGACUUCCUGUACCGGGAGGGCUACGCCUGCACCAGUAUCCACGGCGACCGCUCCCAGAGAGACCGCGAAGAGGCACUGAACCAGUUCAGAUCGGGAAAGUGCCCCAUCCUUGUCGCCACGGCGGUUGCAGCUCGAGGUCUGGACAUCUCCAACGUGAAACAUGUUAUCAACUUUGACCUUCCAAGUGACAUAGAGGAGUACGUCCACCGCAUCGGACGUACGGGGCGAGUCGGAAACCUGGGGCUGGCCACGUCAUUCUUCAACGACAAAAACGGGAACAUCACAAAGGACCUGCUGGAUAUCCUGGUAGAAGCUAAACAGGAGGUUCCUUCAUGGCUGGAGAGCCUGGCCUAUGAACACCAGCACAAGAGUAGCAACAGGGGGCGCUCUAAGAGGUUCUCUGGUGGUUUCGGAGCUCGAGAUUACCGCCAGACAGCUGCCGGGGGCAACGCCGGAGGGUUCGGGGGGCGGGGAGGACGCAACCAACAGGGACACGGAGGAAACCGUGGCUUCGGAGGAGGUGGUUUCGGCAACUUCUACACAAGCGACGGCUACGGAGGGAAUUACUCCCACUCUCAAGUGGACUGGUGGGGCAACUAGGUGUCUCCAUUCCAUCUCUACUCAUCUUUCUUUCCUCCUUUGACUCCUUUUCCAUCGUUUCUUCCCAACCAUGUCAUCCACAUCCCAUCCGUCUCGUCACCUCUACUAUUCCCUGGAACCUACAUGCAUGUUAUUAAACUAUUUAUACUCAUUUAUAUAUCCCCUCCUUCUAGUCCCAGUCAGUCAUGUCUUUUAUUAGCUUUAGAUUCUCUYGUGCUUUCCAUCUUCAUUUUGUUCCCUUUACGUUCUUGAUCUCUCCUGGUAAAGUUGGCCACUUUUAUAAAGGAUUCUUGAAUUUUGUUUUGUUGCUUCCUAACAAAGUUCCAGUUGUUCUCAAAGCCCCUCAUGUAGGACCAUUUAUAGGCAGGGCAACAUCCUUUUUUUAAUUUUAUUUUUGUGACCUUUAGAUUUGAGUUUUAGCUUUAUGUUUACCAGUCAUGCAGGCUCCCUGUGUAACUUUGUAUUUAAGCGCAUGGCCAUGUUGUAAAUCACCGGCCAAAAAUUUUGUAAAACGCGGAGCUGGGCGAGACGGCAAGGCAAAAUGUCCGACAUAGGAACUUUGUGUUCUCCUUCAUUUCUAACCUGGAGUUUUUCACUUUUUAAAGCAUCGAUUUUUGAGUUACUGACGUCUGCCGAAGAAAACGACAAACUGAACCCACCUAAACCCCCCUCAACCAGUGAAAGUCAGUUUUGCCCACUAGAUGGCGCUUGUUAAAACUUGAUUUCUUCAACUCCAACCAACAAUGUAGAGAAUCUUUUUGUUUCUGUACUGUGCCUUUAAGAAUUUAAACUCUAUGUAUGUUGCUUUUCUCACUAUAAUACCUAACUGGCUGCAAGUAUAGUUUUUAAAGGUUACUGUAUUUAAUGUCAUGUGUGGGUUUAAACGCGCACUUCUUCAUUCCCGUUUAGACGGAGACAAACUAGGCUUGAACUAAAUCAAACCUUGGCAAAAAAAAACAAACACACAAAACGAAAACUAAAACGGACGUAACAAGGGAAGCUGAAACUCCUCAUGUCCUGUUUGAGGUAAAAAAAAAAAAAAAAAUCACCAAAUGAGCUGUUUUUCCCUGAAGCUUAUAACCUCUGUAGAGACAGUUGAACUUUUUCUCAGCUUGGUUGUAGGUUUUUUUGGGGGGGAAAAAUACUUGUUUUUUUCGUGUCAAAUCCAGAGCUCAAACUCGAGCUAGCAGCUUGGUUUCCCACAGCCUUCGUCACCAAUUGUUGCCCUCAACGCAUUAACUGUUAGCAAAAGCUGAUCCAGGAGUCUUAGUCAAACAAACGAGACUCAAACAACCAAAAUCGUUUUUCUUUAUCCGACUCUUGGUGCCGCCAAGCUUUUGGGAAACCGAAUCUGCUUCCACCUCAAACCUCAGUCUUGGUUCUUAAAAUCUUCCUCCAACUCUCAAAAGUAAGUUAAAGGGAAAAAAAACAUGCUCACUCUAUCCUGGAGAGUUAAACGAAAAGCCUUCUCUUCAAUAAAUCUUUCCAGUUUUUUAAUCAUUUUUUUUUUUAUUACUUUGUUCGGGUCCUUCAAAUCUGUUGAGGUAAAAUGUUGGAAUUGAUUUUUUUUUCUUUUUUUUUUUCGUUUUUUACUGUAGUGACAACUGAGGCUUCCAGACGACGAAAUGCUGCAUUUCCAGAGCACAUUAUAGCUACAAAGAGAGGACAUACCUUAUUAACCAAACUAAGCUACUUGAUUUACAUCUUYCCACCAUCUUAGAGGUACCACCUGGUUAAAAACAUCCUCACCUUGUUUUUGAGGCUUUUUUUCCCCCCCCAAUUUAAGUGUCCGCUAAACYUUAAUCCUGCUUUAACUGGCAAAGUUAAAGCAGUCUGAACCAGAGCUGCUAAAAUGUGCUGGUGGAAAAGCGGCAUUCCCGGGGAAGUCCUGCUUGGCUCUGUCGCAGAAGGAAAUCUCAAGGAGAAAGCCGACUCUGCACCGACAUUAUCUGCACUUCGUUUACUUGAUUUAAAAAAAACAAAAACAUGUAAAUAGUUGAAAACUUAAAGCGAAACCAGAGGGAUUUCCACAGAAAAUGUGACGGAUUAGAGGCGUGUAAAACUCGGAUCACUCAACACGGACCAGACUGCGUCUGGAAAGCUUUGUUCAGAGCUGCGGUGGAYGGAGAUGAGUAACGUUUCCAGCAGUAUAAUUYGUUAAUUUGCGCUCAUAACUUCUUAAAUUGCCCACUGCCUCUGACAAAGCCGGACCAAGACAAUAAAACAUAUGCAAGUGUUGUUGUUUUUUUGGUCAAGGAGUUAAAAAUGCAGAGCAGGCUGCUCUAAAUCUAAAGCAGGCUUUAGUGAUAAACACCAGACAUGUUUUGUUUUUAUUUUUGUCUUAUUUUUCUUCAGUUUCUUUUAAAAACGUGUAAUUCUUUAGCUCCAGCUCCCUGACAUCUGCUCUGCCGGGAUGUAAUGGAAACUAGUUGGCUUUAUCACGAUAAACAAAAGAGUUUUCCACUGAGAAUAGAGGACAGCCGUUACAGGAUGCAACGUCGCACUCCACCGUGUCUUAUUAGUUGCUCUUUAUAAUCACUUAUUUAAUAACAAAGCAAAAAAACAAAAACAAAUUUAAGUUGCAUUCUCGGCUUCAUUCGUCAAAAAUAAAUGGRCCUUAAUGAAGUCUGAUUAAAUUAAGAGCGCCAAUCACUUGGUAUGCUCGGAUGGUUUUAGCCUAUCAGGGUUUUGUUUUUCUUGCAGCAAUGGUUGAUAGUCUCCAUAUUAAACUUCUUCAGCAAAUAACCAGCACCGAGAUAGAAUCCGUAAAGGUACAAUAAGUUGCUAAUGACAAUCAAGUUUAAGAUGACCCGCGUGAACAGAACUCUUCCCGUUGCAUGUCCAGUCAUUUAGCCGCCACCUCGACAUGCAGAGGUUUUGUCAUGCAGCUGCCCGACUUCGACCCGUGUCUUCCACAACAAUGAAAUUCCCAGAACUGAACCACUAUUGAGCUGUUGGAAAUAUUCUCCACUACGAACUUUGACCUUGCUGUCUGCGGUGUUACUGUUGAUAUAUUUACGUUCGGAGUAGGGAUACUGUUGGUGUUUGUUACUUGAAUCCAAAGCGGCUGCUGCAUCCAAGCAGACGUUCUUUAAACUUCUGUGUUACUGUUCUAAAUGCUUGGAUCACGUCCCCUGAUUGAGUACAGUGCAGGUUCUAGAAGCUGCUGUGYCUUCUACUGACCACUAGGGGGCAAUGAAGGAAUAAGCACUUUGUUGGCAGCUGCAUGUUUUGAUAUACUUUUUUUUAUUAUUUAAAUUGUAAACAGUGGGAGUUAAAUGUUUUGCGUUUAUGUUUAUAGGCCACUCCUGUCCAAUAGAAGUCGGAUAUGCAAUGCAUGUGCGUCUCAUGAGCAAAAAUUCACUGUUGGUUGCAUUUACCAAAUAAAUCAAGCUAGAGCAAUGCUUCACUACCACUGUGCCCCGAAUCUCAAACCUUAAUACUGCUUGGCACUCAAAUUUCUACCAAAGUGAAAUAAGGUUCUGUUGCUUGCUCAGAUUAUGUACUCAGAUUUUUUUAUUUUUAGUUUCAAACUUUUUUUUAUUAUUAUUUUGCUACAUUUAAGUAAAACUGUUAGCAUGCUGCGUGCUAACGGGCUAUCCACUUUCCAAAAUGUGCAUAGUGCCUUGUAAUGACUGAAUUACUGACUCACACAUUGGUUAGGGCUGGGUAUGUUUUCAGUUGGAUACGACGUCCAAACUAUUGCUCUCUCAAUAUGAAACUGUAGGUGUGUAAAUGUUAUUUCUCUGCAUGUGAAUGUCACAGAUUGACUACCUCAAGGUACGAUCGCAACAACCAGAGGGGCAUUUAGAGAGCUCGCCAUCUUCAAAGCUGGUGGGCCUCAUUUAAUGCCUUUUUGUACAAAAAUAAUAAAUAAAUUAGUUUAUCCGUGUGUCGCCACUUUACAAAGUUCAAUGAAUUUCAGUACUGGUAGGUUUUGCACUYGCGCUACAAUGAAGCAGCCAUUUGGCACAAGCUCUUUCAGACGCAAAUCUGAAACGGGCACAAAUUAAUUCUGGUGCUGCUCAAGCUUGCAAAAUUAUUUUAUGCCAUUAAUGGUUCCAUCUUGAACAGAUUCUUGGCUUUAUAGCCACGUUUCAGAAACUUUUCAUUCUUCUUUAUAGUCCCAAUCGGAGUCGUACAAGGCMGACUCUUAGUGGCUCGCUAUCGUUUACGGCACUACUACCGACACGUCUAGCACUUUAAAAGAUUUAAACACCUGCAAAUCCCGUGUUGUAUUGCUUGCUAAUUUGAAACUGCUAGCAUGCUAACAUGCUAACAGCGGUUAUUGCAACAUGUACAAGUAUUGUGAGUUUACUCUUGACCUGUACCUAUGCAGAAUCCAUUGUAGGCAUUUAUUUCCUCCYCCCACACCCUGUUACCGAGUGCGCGCGUAAGAUAUGAAUAUAGCUAAUUUAUCCAGAUCAUUUCAAGCACACUCUACUAUGUCCUUUUUUUUUUUUUUUUU